AUGUCGCGUGAUCGAUUGAUUGAUCGAUUGCCUUGCCUCGGACUGCUUGGCUUGGCUUGGGUUGCCGCGCAGGACCCGAAGAAGUACCAGGAGUGGGACUCCGUGACGGCCAAGUUCGCCGGCGCGGCCAACAUCCCCUUCCUACUGCUCCAGCUCCCGCAGAUCGUCCUCAACGCCCGCAACCUCCUCGCCGGCAACAAGACCGCGCUCUUCGCUGUGCCGUGGCUCGUACGCCCCAAUUUGCGUCUCAGAUUCCACCUCCUCUGUGUCUGCUGUGACGCUCGUUUUGACGGAUUUGAUCGCACGCUUCAGGGAAUGCUCACUGGGCUGCUGGGCAACCUCUCGCUCCUCUCCUAUUUCGCCAAGAAGAGAGAGACGGAGGCGGUAAUCGUGCAGACUCUUGGCGUCAUCUCCACCUAUGCGGUCCUCGUGCAGCUCGCCAUGGCGGAAUCCAUGCCGGUGCCGCAGUUCGUGGCCACUUCAGUCGUUGUGGCCGCAGGGCUCAUCCUGAACUUCCUCAAUUACGUUGGCUGGCUCCCUGGAACCCUCUGGCUGCUGUGGGAGGAUUUCAUCACAGUAGGCGGCCUUGCUGUGCUCCCUCAGGUCAUGUGGUCAACAUUUGUUCCCUUCAUCCCCAAUAGCGUACUGCCUGGCAUAAUCUGUGGUUCUUUGGCUGUUGCAGCUGUUGGGAUGGCAAGGAUGGGCAAGCUUUCUGAUGCAGGGGUUAAAUUUGUUGGGUCAUUAUCUGGUUGGACAGCCACGCUUCUCUUCAUGUGGAUGCCAGUGGCACAGAUGUGGACAAAUUACCUUAACCCAAGCAACAUCAAAGGGUUGUCAGCUUUCAGCAUGUUGCUCGCAAUGCUUGGAAACGGACUUAUGCUUCCUCGCAGUAUUCAUCCGCGAUUUGAUGUGAAAAGUAAUGGCAGGCAGAGGCAGGCAGCGGCGAGAAGCAAGAAGAAAAGCGAGGCGAGCAAGCAAAUCGAGGCAAGAAAGCGGGGUAGCCUGCAGCCUGCAGUCACCUGCCGCCGCCGCUGCCUCGCCGCGGUUUACAGCCUGUCGUUAGGGAUUGUUGCCGUUGGGCAAGUCGCGCUGAGGAGACGAGGGCAGGAGGGGCGGCGAGAUGAUGGAGGCGGGAGGCGCGGGAGCGGGAGGAAGGGACGAGAGGGUGCCGCAGUGGGGCGCGCAGGAGACGCGGGAGCUGAUCGUGGCGCGCGGGGAGAUGGAGCGGAGACCAUCGCGGCGCGCCGCAGCGCGAAGACGAUGUGGAGGCCGUCGCCGCGCGGCUCCGGGAAAGAAACUUCUGAUCCAGAAAAUGGUAGGCACUGUCCCUUCUUUGAAGAGCUGCAUGCCGUCUUCACAGAGCGUGCUAGAAAUAUGCAGCGGCAACUCCUUGAGUCUGAAUCUGGAACUUCUGUCAAAAGAAAACUGAAGCGACCUGGUGGUGACCGGUCAUCUGGGGAGUCUGAUGACGAGGAUGAUGAUGGUGAAGAAAGUGAUGAUGAGAAGCCGAUGCACAGCAGAAAGAGGAAAGCUGAUGACAAGAAACAGCAAUAUCAAAGAAUGUCUGAGAAGUCAAGAGCAGGAAUUUCAAGCAUCCAUGAACUGCUGCAGGAUUUCCUGGUGCAGCAACAGCACAUUGAUGUCCGGUGGCAGGAGAUGAUGGAGAGACGCCCCAGGAGCGGGUUGUUUUCGAACAACAAUGGCAGCAGACAAUGCAGAAGCUGGAGCAGGAGAGGUUGUUGCUGGAACACUCGUGGAUGGAACGGAGGAGCAAAGAAGGAUGAGAGAAGAAGCACGUGCUGA